AAAAGAAAAAAAAACUCGGCCAUUUACGACUUUACGUUGCCCUGGACUGUAACAACAGCUAGUUCUAAAUCAAUCUCCGAUCGUAUAAAAGAGGCAAUCAGAUCUCCUUCUCACCGGAGUUGAUCGGAGCUCGCCGAGAUCGUAGCCAUGCCCGUGGCAGCUUCCGCUAUAUACUUCCUCAAUCUUCGUGGCGAUGUCCUCAUCAAUCGCCUCUAUCGCGACGACGUCGGAGGCAACAUGGUGGAUGCUUUUCGAGUGCAUAUAAUGCAAACGAAGGAACUUGGCACUUGUCCUGUAAGGCAGAUUGGGGGCUGUUCUUUCUUUUACAUGAGAAUUAGCAAUGUUUACAUCGUGAUUGUUGUAAGCAGCAAUGCGAAUGUUGCUUGUGCAUUCAAGUUCGUUGUUGAGCUUCUUUUCAUGCAGGCAGUCACAUUAUUUAAAUCUUAUUUUGGUGGAGCUUUUGAUGAGGAUGCUAUACGCAAUAACUUUGUUUUGAUAUAUGAACUGUUGGAUGAAAUCAUGGAUUUUGGGUACCCUCAAAACCUCUCCCCCGAAAUCUUGAAGCUAUACAUAACUCAGGAAGGUGUACGCUCUCCAUUUUCAUCCAAGGCUGCUGACAAACCAGUUCCUAAUGCAACUUUACAAGUUACCGGUGCUGUUGGCUGGCGCAGGGAAGGCCUUGUCUAUAAGAAAAAUGAGGUCUUUCUUGAUAUUGUGGAAAGUGUCAAUCUUCUGAUGUCUUCAAAAGGCAGUGUUCUACGCUGCGAUGUAACUGGCAAGAUCCUUAUGAAAUGCUUCCUCUCUGGAAUGCCUGAUUUGAAGUUGGGAUUAAAUGACAAAAUUGGGCUCGAGAAAGAGUCACAACUUAAAUCCCGUCCUGCUAAAAGCGGAAAAACUAUUGAGCUUGAUGAUGUCACUUUCCAUCAAUGUGUAAACCUUACAAGAUUCAAUUCAGAGAAGACCGUCAGUUUUGUUCCUCCAGAUGGUGAAUUUGAGUUGAUGAAGUAUCGUAUUACGGAAGGGGUUAAUCUUCCAUUUCGGGUUCUGCCGACUAUCAAGGAAUUGGGUCGAACACGUAUGGAAGUGAAUGUAAAGGUAAAGAGUGUUUUUGGGGCAAAAAUGUUUGCACUCGGUGUGGUUGUUAAGAUCCCAGUACCUAAGCAAACGGCAAAGACAAGUUUUCAAGUGACAUCAGGCCGAGCAAAGUACAGUCCUUCUAUUGACUGCUUGGUGUGGAAGAUAAGAAAAUUUCCUGGACAAACUGAGCCAACUUUGAGUGCUGAAGUAGAGCUAAUAUCAACAAUGACCGAAAAGAAGUCAUGGACUCGGCCUCCAAUUCAGAUGGAAUUUCAGGUUCCCAUGUUCACGGCAUCCGGAUUGCGUGUUCGUUUCCUAAAGGUAUGGGAAAAGAGUGGGUACAACACUGUGGAAUGGGUUCGUUACAUUACAAAGGCAGGUUCGUAUGAAGUUAGGUGCUAAACACAUGAAUUUAUGUCCUUCCAAAUAUAGUAUGAUAUACUUAGAAUUAACUUGAAACAGCACACAUUAAUUAAUUUGUUUGACCCAUCUCACCAUCAUGUGUGUUUUUUUGCACUGUUUAUCAAUGGUUGGAUAUAAUUCUUUCCAAAAAGAAAGAUCAUCAUACGUAAAUAAAUUUAAUUCUCUUGUACAA